GUGCUGCAAAACGCUACUAUUCGCGCCUUUCAAGCCAAAGCAGAUGUUGCUUUUGCCGCAAUUUGCGUUUAAAUUAGUUAAAUACUUGCAUUUAGGUGCACGCAGAACGUAAAUAGCAACGUCAACAUGAUUCCGGAACACGUGCCAUUGGCAUCCAUGGCGAAUAUGCCAUCAGUUGUUCAGUUUGGCGCCAACAAGGAUUUCCAAACGCGAACCCAUCAACAGGAGCUGGACAAAUCAUUUCUGGGCUUUCAGAAGCGUAACUGGAUGCACUCCAACGGCAAGUUAGAUACAGCGCGUGAGCGGGAGAUACUCAAGUCGCUGCUGGCCACCACCAUAGAUACGGAUCACUCCGGCCGCAGUUUGGACGACCUCAUACCCAAUGGCAUCUGCUAUCGCGACUUGGCCACGCUGACCGACGAGGAUCUGCAGCUGUUUGGUUUCACCUCGGCUCUGCAUCGCAAGGAAAUGCUCAACACAUUUGCCCAAAUGCCCAACCAGGAUCCCAGCUACGAUUACCUCUGCAAUACAGAAUUGGCCAAGCAAUACAACUCUCAGAUUCUGGGCAAAACCACAAAUCAUGCCAUGUCGCUGCGCGCCUCCUUUGCGGCCACCAACUACAAGAUGCAAGUGAUGCCUGUGGAAGAUCUUGUGGUGGGCGAUAAGCGCUAUGCCAGUCGCUUUGCUCUGGAAACUUUGGAACAGAUGUCCAGGGACUUGAAGAAGAUUGAGAAAACAGUCAAUGAGCUGCAGAAAAUUGAUGAUAACCAGGCCAAAGGAGGCAGCAAGAAGAAGAAGUUAAAUUUCGUUACUUGCGCUUACUACGCAGCCAUGGCUUUGGGUUUGUCCUGUGCCUGGUUUUGGUGGUGGUCCAAGCAUAGUGCACCCGCACGUCUGGACCGCAUCUCGGUGGCAACUUGAGCGUAGAGAAAAAGACAAAGCUAAGCAUUCAAUCGAUGCAUUCCCCCGUGGAAACAGUUUGCUUUCCAAGCUCUCAAUUGAUUUUAAGAUAUACGAAGGUUUCGAUUCUAUUUAAGUUGAAAACGUGAAACAUGAACAUCAUUUAGAAAGUGUAUUAUUUCGGACAAAGAAAAGCCAUAACUUAGCAUGUAGCCCACACAUAUAUAUAAUCGCUGCAUUCCCCCUUGGAAACAUUAUUAAUUUCCAAAAUUCUCUCAUAGAUUCAUAAGAUUUUGUAAUUAAGAAGAAAACUCUGAACAUUAAUUAUAUAAAAGUGUAUGGAAA